CCUGACCAGGUCUCGCCGCCGCCUUCGCCCACUACGAACCACCCGGUUCCCUUCCAUCCCACCAACCAAUCUCUCGACACCCACGUCACGAUCGUCAUUUAAUUCCUCCCCUCCCCCCCAACUGGCCUUGCGGCUUUUUUCAUUUCACCACCUCACGCUCGGCUGCAUCGGUCGCUCGUCGGUCUGUCCCCCAACAACCCAUCGGGCCUUCUCUCUCACACCCACGGCCCUUCCCCCAUCGUCUGAAGGGCAACCACCCACCCAUCCUAUCUCAACCCCAUCGUCCACCGAUUACUAGCACCAGCCAUCAUGCCGGCCGCCAGCUCUGCCAGCUCCACCACAAACGGUCGCUCCAGCCGAUCGGGGGCCUCCAAGAAGAUCCUCGUCCUCAAGCUGUCCUCCGAUCUGUUAAGUCAGUUCGUGACGCCGCCGCCCGAGGUAAAGGACCGGAAGAGCAAACGGGCCAGCGUCAGCAACGUUGAAUCCCCCGUCAAGAUCAGGGAGCAUUCGUCCCCGGCCUCGUCAUCAGCCGAACCACCCAUCGCUCCGUCCUCCGUGGACAAUGCAUCCGACGCUGCCUCGACCCCCGCGGCGGGCACCUCUGCUGCAGACACACCUCGUCGCAAAGGUGUUCCUGGCCCUAAGCCAGGCACCAAGCGAGGCCUGCAUCAGACGAGUGAGACUACCCCCAAGCCAAGAGGCAAGCCGGGCCCGAAGAAGAAGCCUAGAUUGGAUGACGGCACCGUCGACCAUGCCAAGUUGGUGGCUAGCCACAAGCUCGGUCCCAAGGCCAACCUGGGCGCAAUCAAUGCCGGUCUGCGUGCUCUAGAUCGUACGGGGGCCCCGUGCCGUCGCUGGGAACGCAAGCCGCUCCAGCUGAAGAGCUUCACGGGCAUCCAAUGGAUCUUGCCAUCCUGGCGAACUCCCCGGCCCCUGAAGUCGGAGGAGAACGACGAGGCCAAUGGGAUGGCUCUCGAGACGGGCGACAGCGACAGCAAGGCCAACCAGAGUGCCAGCGGCGUCCCCAGCGAGAAGAGUACCGGCGAAGGGGAUCUCACACCGGCUCCUCCCAACCUCACCGAGGCCUCGUCCCCCGCCAUUGCCAUGGCUGCUUGAUGGGUCUCUCGAUCCACCCACAUAUCGUCCUUCUUCCUGUACAUUAUUUUCGACACUACUACCUUUAUUCCCUUGACACUCUGGUGAUGCACUGCAAUGCUCUUGUUUUUCUUUUGUUACUGGAUUUGGCGUUAGGUCUAGGACGGUCACCGGACUUUUCAGCGGGUCACUCGCAUCAGGGAUGUACUUCAGGCUCUGGCACGGGGAUGGGAAGGUGCUUAUCCUGCACAUUUGAUGGGCUUUCUUUGCGAUCUUUUGUUUGCUGUGUUCGCUUACUAUCUACCUCUGUUCUGUAUCAGUAGAGAUGCCGGGGACGGCUUUGGGUGCUCUGCGCAGGGUCUGACGGACCCGGGUUGGGAUGUUUUCCGCGAUUGGAAGCACGUCGGCACAUGGAUACCAAUCUGGACUGGAAUACCAACAUGCGUUGUUCAACAUGGAAUUGAAGAAAGAUUCAGCAGCGCCCUGCAGCACGUGCUCGACCAAUUUUUUCUAGCGG